AUGGGCUUCAAAUAUCCUCACUACCUAGAGAGCGACGGCAAGUCAGCCAGACCGAGCAAGCGUAGGCGCACAAUCGAGAGCUUUGCAACUGCUACAAACGAAGAGACACCAGAUGCAGGCACUGACGGUAACUUGCUGGACAACCUUCCUCCUCCUAUCGGGUACGAAGCAUUUUUCCAUGGUUGGGCCAAACAACUUCACAUGAGGCCCGACCGUAAGCUGAUAGAGGGUGGUGUUAUUGUCGCAGUUGCUGUUGUUCGUAGGGCCAUCAGUGACUACCAAGACCUCAAAACGGCUCGUACCACGGACUUGCCGGUAUCUGUGGAAGAUAACUCUAAAAGCAUAGCACUCCUUGAGCGCGAGUAUGAGCGUUUCGACAAGAGGCGUGAGAUGGUCAUGGCUCGCUUGAAUGAUAACCCCGACGCCGAGAACCUGUGGAAGGAGAUUGACAAACUCGACCUCAAGUGCGAGUCUGUUCAGAACGCCAUUAGGCAUGAAAUAGAGCUUUCAAAUGCGCAGAAAACUGUUCAGGAUGCGCAGAAAGCUGUUCAGGAUGCGCAGAAAGCUGUUGAUGAGUCUAUCGAACGAGUCAAUACGCUGUUGGCAAUCAGCGGCGGAGAACCAGCCAGCAUCACGGCAGCCAGUAAGUGCACUUCUGUAAAGAAACCUGAUAGCUCAACAAACUGUUUCGCUAACAUGCAUUUAUUCCUUCAAGUAGACAACCUUGUGCUGGGGCCGAUCGAGCCUCUCAUCGCACCCCAGAAUACUCGCCCUGCACUCCGUAUUGUCAACUCGUGCCUUGCGCUUCCCCCAAUCAAGCACGACUCUGAGAGACGACAGAACGCGAUCCGCCUCAACAACCAUCUCCUCGAGACCCGUCCGCACCUGCACACACGUCGUUUUGCACUGCCGCAUGCCCCGAUUAACCAGGGAUUCCACCCGCGCAUCCUGCUGAACGAGCACUGUAUUGGCAAGUUCUUUGAAAACGAGAUUUUCAGCCGCGUGCUCGAUCUCUUCCCGGAGGUUGUCCAUGGCGCCUCGAUUGAGUUUGUACCCGGUAAUCCAGCCUGCCAUGCUGACUACUUUGCAUACCUCAAAGCCAACGUCAAGGGUAGAAUGCUACACACCUAUAUUGCACUUGAGUUCAAGAUGCCGUACCGCACUCGGCCACAGACGACUGGCAUACGGUCAGAGAUGGGCGAUUCGAGGGUCCGCGUGGAUGAGGAGUCAGGAAAGGCACUUGAAGACGCUGGAUUCGCUAGCAUUGGGCAUGGCGCGAAGCUGAUCCACCAGACAUAUUGCUAUGCGCGGGAUGGCAGGCUGACGUGUCCGCAGGUUCCUGACCCACGGCUGAUCAAUCGAAAGUUUGGGUACUGCUCGACGUUCAACGAGUCGUGGGUCUGCGAGUACGUCGAUAGUGACAUGGAGUCUCAGGGCUCGCUCACCGAGACUCAGCACACUGCUGUGUCGACUGGAUCCAGUGGCAAUAUUGUCGAUAAUCAGACUACUGGCAGUCCAGCCCAGGCCACACCUGCGUGCUACAUCAAUGUGUCGUCAUGCUUCCAUGCCAACAACAACUCACCUCACAUCGCUGUGGUGAUUGUCGGUAUGCUCAGUGACGCUGUCAGAGACAUGCAAGACAACCCCGACCAGUACAUGGAGAUGGACCAGGCUGUCGACAAGACCAACCCAUUGAUGUCGCCUCCCAGUCAUGUAUCCAGGACUCCAUAUAAGAGUGGCACCAUGGUGUACAGCAUUCCAGGCAAGGUGCAUAGAAAGUCGCUGGGCCGACGCAGUAUACCUGGUAAUGGAUCUACCACCAAGGGACAGGAUAUGGCUGUCCUGGCUGUGCAGUGCAAGCAGCAGUCGACGUUCGCCUUCCAGCCUCUCUUCCUGCACACGGAUGUAUGGUGUGGGAAUGCGGUUGUGAAUCAGCAUGCGCCGGAGCAGACUGACAUGGCGACUGACUCAACGCUGCAAGCGAGGCAAUCCACAGACGAUGGCUAUGUGACCCAGGGCAUCUGGGCAUGCGUCGUGGAGAACUGGCGCCCGCUGACAGGGCAUUUCACACUGGGACGGCAGCUCGGAUACGGCCGCAGCGGGUAUGUGCACGAAGCCUGGCACAACAAUAGGCAUGUCGCGCUAAAGUUGUGCCCUCUGCAGACGGAGGACAGGAUUCUGGAAGAGAUCGUCCAGGAGACUAGGGUGUAUGACUAUCUGAGGGACCUGCAAGGCACCGAGCUGCCAACCCUGUACAACUACGGUGUAUUGGAGAUCAAUGGCGUGCUGUACUUGGCACUGGAACUCGAGUUCCUGCAGGAUGCGCUACAAGCCAACACCAUGACGGUAUAUCGCGAGCAUUUGGUUGCAGCACUGCCCUUGUCUGUCAAGAGUGAUAUCCUGAACAGCCUGGCUAAGCUUCAUGAGCGCGGCGUGGUGCACAACGACCCGCGGGUAUAUAAUGUACUGCUGGUGCAGGACCCAGCGCGACCAGACAGGUACAAGCCCAAGCUGCUGGAUCUGGCGAUGAGUUACAUAGAUGCGACAGAUGAGGCGAUCCAAGAGGACAAAAGGCUCUGGACAGCUGUGCUCAAUGGUGAAGCCAUCUGA